AGUUCUGAUUCUAGUGAAUCUUCUGUUCCCCCCUGCCGAAUCCCAUCCAGAUCCAGGCGAGCACAUGCCAAUUCUCACCAAACUCUCUUCUUCACAUUGCUUAUUACAAUACACGACAAAUUUUCAUACUUCUUUCCAGAUCUCCUCAGUCAGAUCUAACAGAUCAAUCAUCUUUUCUUUCUGUCAAAAUUUGCUUUUUGGUCUCUGAAGUCUGAAUCUUUGAAUCUCCAUGGAUGAAGCACAAGCAACUUCUUCAAAAACUAUGAGAAGCUACUGGAGAUGGACCAAAAAAGACUUCUUCCCAGAAACCUCAUUCGAAACCAUGUCAUCUUACAAAACAGCACUUUCCCAAACCUGUCCUCGUCUCACUGACCGUCUCUUAGCACGUUCCUCCUCAACCAACGAGCUUGUAACCCUUCAAAAAGUAAGUGAAAACCCUAUGCAAAAGUGUCUAACCUGGUGGGACCUUAUUUGGCUAAGCUUUGGCUCAGUUGUUGGUUCUGGCAUAUUUGUCAUCACAGGUCAAGAAGCUCAUGAUGACGCAGGUCCAGCUAUUGUUUUAUCUUAUGCAAUAUCUGGGCUUUCAGCGUUGCUAUCAGUUUUUUGUUACACUGAAUUUGCAGCUGAGAUUCCUGUAGCUGGUGGUUCAUUUUCAUAUCUUCGUAUUGAAUUAGGUGACUUUAUUGCAUUUAUAGCUGCUGGUAAUAUUCUUUUAGAAGCUUUAGUUGGAGCUGCAGGGUUAGGAAGAUCAUGGUCAUCUUAUUUUGCUAGUAUGAUUAAGAGUGAUCCCGAUUUUUUUAGAAUUAGGGUUAAUUCUUUGCGUGAAGGGUUUAAUCUCUUAGAUCCAAUUGCAGUUGUGGUACUUUUGGUUGCUAAUGGUAUAGCAAUGAGUGGAACUAAGAGAACAUCUUGGUUGAAUUGGAUUGCUUCUUUGCUUAGUGGUAUGGUGAUUGUUUUUGUUAUAAUUUUUGGGUUUAUUCAUGCCAAAACUUCAAAUCUGGAACCAUUUUUUCCAUAUGGGGUAGAAGGGGUUUUUAGGGCUGCUGCAGUGGUUUAUUGGUCUUACACGGGUUUUGACAUGGUGGCUAAUAUGGCUGAGGAGACUAAGAAACCCUCGAGGGAUAUACCAAUUGGGUUGGUUGGUUCAAUGUCUGGAAUUACUGUGGUUUAUUGCUUGAUGGCUUUAGUAUUGACCAUGAUGGUGAAGUAUACUGAGAUUGAUGUAAAUGCUGCGUAUUCUGUUGUUUUUGAGCAAAUUGGGAUGAAAUGGGCCAAGUAUUUGGUUAGUAUUUGUGCACUCAAGGGAAUGACUACAAGCUUGUUGGUUGGAUCUCUUGGGCAAGCUCGAUACACCACUCAGAUCGCUAGAGCUCAUAUGAUUCCUCCUAUUUUUGCUUUGGUUCAUCCCAAAACUGGAACUCCUGUAAAUGCUACCCUGCUGGUGACAAUAAUUAGUGCUAUUAUUGCAUUUUUCUCUAGUUUAGAUGUUUUGUCGAGUGUUUUAUCUUUCAGUACGCUCUUCAUUUUUAUGCUAAUAGCUGUUGCAUUGCUUGUGAGGCGAUGUUAUGUGAAGGAAGUUACUCCAAGAAAUGAUUUGAUAAAAUUUCUCAUGUGUUUAUUCAUUAUUAUUGGUUCUUCAAUUGGAGUUUCAGCACUUUGGAAUUCUAAUGAGAGAGGAUGGAUCGGGUACACUGUGGCUGGACUGCUAUGGUUCUUGGGCACUUUGGGGAUGGCAUUUCUUUCCAAGCAGCGUGUUCCAAAGGUUUGGGGAGUUCCGCUGGUUCCUUGGUUGCCAUCUUUGUCAGUUGUGAUGAACUUGUUUCUCGUAGGAUCUUUAGGAUUCAAGGCAUUUUUGAGGUUUAUCAUUUGCAGUGCAGUAAUGAUAGUAUACUACCUACUUUUCGGUCUUCACGCCACUUAUGAUGUGGCUCACCAGAAUGAAGAAGUGUCAAAAUUUGAAGAGGGUACAUAAAGCUGUAACCUGAGGAACAAUUCAUGGAGUAGUAUUUUAUUGUAUCUUGUGGUAUGAUCUGGUAUUCAUGGUGUAGUAUUAUGUAACCUGUGGUACAGCAUUUUGUGGUAUUUUGUACAUUCUUAAUAUUGUCAUUUAUAAAGCUUUUGAUAUUGUUUAAGUUGUUAUGUGUAUUUUUGGUGGAAUCUACCAAUGUCGAAUGAAAUCAUAUAUUUCACCACUUUUCUUGUUUUCUUUUACUGAAGUACUGAACUCUGUUUAUUGUCCAGCCGGUAUGCUUACCAACUUGUAAAUGUUAAACAAAAUAUUUUCUAC